GGAGGGAUGAUGGAUGAUCCGAGGAACCCUCAGCUCAGCUUGAGCUUGAGCUUCUCACAGUCACGGUGCGGUGAAAAUUCUAACCUAGAAAACAACUAGUAUUUUAACAUGGUCUUGUGUAAAUAGUUCUAUAUUUUUCUCAAAAUGGUGAUCGCUAUUGGAUUUGAAGGAAGUGCAAACAAGCUUGGCAUUGGAAUUGUAAAAGAUGGUGAAGUACUCUCAAAUCCACGGCGCACCUACAUAACUCCGCCUGGAGAAGGGUUCUUGCCCAGAGAAACAGCCCAACACCACCGAGCCAAAGUGUUUGAGGUGUUAGAGGAAGCUUUAAAAGACGCCGGUGUUAAGCCUGAGGACAUCGAUGUCGUUUGCUACACAAAGGGACCAGGGAUGGGAGCACCGCUGGUGUCUGUGGCUGUGGUGGCGCGAACAGUGGCACAACUCUGGAAUAAACCAAUCGUCGGUGUCAACCACUGUAUUGGUCAUAUAGAGAUGGGUCGUCUGGUAACUAAGAGUAACAACCCUACUGUGCUCUACGUCAGCGGAGGCAACACACAAGUCAUAGCUUAUGCAAGACGGAGGUAUCGAAUCUUUGGGGAAACUAUCGACAUUGCGGUCGGUAACUGCCUUGACAGGUUCGCCAGAGUGAUCCAGCUAUCCAAUGACCCGAGUCCAGGCUAUAACAUAGAACAGCUGGCCAAGAAGGGUAAGAAGUAUCUUCCUCUACCUUAUGUUGUGAAGGGGAUGGACGUAUCAUUCUCUGGUAUUCUGUCAUUCAUUGAGGAACGAGCUGCGAAACUCAUCGAGAGUGGCGAAUACACUCCGGAAGAUCUCUGUUUUUCUCUGCAAGAAACCGUUUUUGCAAUGCUGGUUGAAACCACCGAGAGGGCGAUGGCACACACAGGAUCACAGGAAGUGUUGCUAGUCGGAGGUGUCGGGUGUAACCUGAGACUGCAGGAGAUGAUGGGAGUGAUGUGUGACGAGCGAGGUGCCAAGCUGUACGCCACAGAUGAGCGGUUCUGUAUAGACAACGGGGCCAUGAUAGCUGUGGCGGGGGCGUUGUUGUUCACCACUGCGGGGCCUACUCAGUGGGACCAGACCACGAUCACUCAGAGAUUCAGGACGGACGAAGUAGAAGUUACAUGGAGAGAUGACUAAGAUGAAGAUUUUAUUUGUAAAAUAUAACAAUUUUUU